AUGCCUCCAAGAGAAAGUAAGAAGACAUGGAAAGCACCUAGAGGUCCAAAGCCUAUUCCUCAUAAGAAUAAGAACACCGUUGGGCUCGGUAGAGCUAUUAAAUAUGCUCGUCAAAAGGAGAAUGAUGUUACGUACCUACCGGGUGGUGAAAUGAGAUUUACCACUGAGAAGCACGAUCCAGAUUGGGUUAAAUUGAGAUCAGUUACUCAAGAAUCUUCACUAAAUGAAUUUUUGAAUACAGCAGCUUUAGCUGACAAAGAUUUUUCUGCUGAUCGUGAAUCCAAUGUCAAAGUGAUUCGUAUGGAUAAUGAUUCUUCAGUCACCAACGCAUUUUCUUUGAGUAAUGAACAACGUUCGAAAUUAAGUUCUUUACAGAGAGAGCAAGCGUUUAAUCUAAUUGUUCCUAGAAGACCACCUUGGAAUGAAAAUAUGACAAAAUUUCAAUUGGAAAGACAAGAAAAUGAUGCAUUUUUAGAAUGGAGAAGAAGAUUGGCACAAUUGCAGGAAUCUAAUGAAGAUUUGGUUCUUACACCAUUUGAAAGAAAUAUUGAAGUUUGGAAGCAAUUGUGGAGAGUGGUAGAAAGAUGUGAUUUAAUUGUACAGAUUGCAGAUGCUAGAAAUCCACUUUUGUUCAGAUCUUUGGAUUUAGAAAAGUAUACUAAAGAGAUUGAUGAAAGGAAGCAAAAUUUAUUGUUGGUAAAUAAGGCUGAUCUUUUGACUCCAAAACAAAGAAUUGCAUGGGGUAAAUAUUUCCGCCAGAAAAACAUCUCCUUUACCUUCUUUUCAGCUCUAAGGGCAAACCAGCUCUUAGAUUUACAAGAAGAAUUGAAAGAAACUGUAACCCAUCAUUAUGAUGAUGAUGAUGAAGAAGAGUUCAAAGAUUUGGAUCCUGAAUUUUUAGAAAGUAUCAAGAUUUUGACCAUUGAUGAAUUGGAUAAAUUGUUUUUGGAAAAAGCUCCUAAUGAACCUUUGAGACCACCUCUUCCAGGUCAACCACCUUUAAUUCAAAUUGGUAUGGUGGGUUAUCCAAACGUUGGUAAAUCUUCUACCAUUAAUUCUUUGGUUGGUGCCAAGAAAGUGUCUGUCUCAUCGACCCCUGGUAAGACUAAGCAUUUUCAGACUAUAAAACUUUCAGAUUCAGUAAUGCUAUGCGAUUGUCCUGGUUUAGUUUUCCCCAAUUUCGCAUACCAAAAGGGUGAAUUGGUGUGUAAUGGUAUUUUACCAAUCGAUCAACUACGUGAUUACAUGGGGCCUUCUACUUUGGUAGCCGAAAGAAUACCCAAAUACUAUGUGGAGGCUGUAUACGGUAUUCACAUAGAUACUCAUUCUCCUAACGGUACAGAUAAGGGUCAAAACUAUACUGCGCAAGAACUGUUAACAGCAUAUGCUAGAAAUCGUGGGUUCAUGACACAAGGUUACGGUUCUGCAGAUGAAUCCCGUGCUAGUCGUUAUAUUUUGAAAGAUUUCGUAAAUGGUAAACUACUAUAUGUGAACCCACCUCCACAUCUGGAGGACGACACACCUUACACUAGGGAAGAAUGUGCAGAAUUCAAUAAAGAACUGUACACGUUUGAGAGAUUACCGGAAAAUAGGAGGCAGCAACUAGUGGAAGCAGCUAAGUCUAAGGGAUAUGAUACAUUCGAUUUGGCUAAAGACUUAGGUAAGUUGACAUUUUCAGGUCACCAAGGUGCUGAUGAAGGUAAAGAAGCUACUUCCGUUACCCAUGGUGGUAAACAGGCUGCUCUAUACAAUACUGUUGAUGAACUAGAUAGAGAAUUCUUCGAAAUGAGCAAUGUGGAAGGUAAAAUGUCUACACCAUUCCAUAAAGUGCGUAACGAUCCCACGAACAGCAGUAAGAAACACAAUAAGAAGAAUAAAAAGGCUAAAAAGAGAGCAGCUAUGUCUUCUGCAUAA